AUGACAAGCGCCAGUUAUCCUGACACCUCUGAAACCGUGCUUACCGAUGAUCCGGUGAUCGAUAUCCAGACUACUUUUCCAACUGCAUCUACUGAACUGACGAGGACGAGUGCGACUCCGGAGACCAUGAUGUCCAGUGCAACUUCAUCCAAUGACACAUUAAGCAUUACAACGAUUGAUCCCGUUUUUGUUCAGAUCGAUUCUGUAAUCGUUUCUAUACAGACCCCCAGUAUUCCUAAAACUACCAGUCGUGAAGAAGAAAUCAGCAAUCGAAACGAAUCGACGUUUCUCAUCACGCAGUACUCCGUGAAAUCGAACGACCUGGACAACAUGAACAGUUUAAAUGUGGACCCGACGCCACCGGCGCUUCCAACGUUCUUCUUCCUGAACGUAUCUGAGAUGUUGCUGAACGGAACCACUACACUUACGCCACUGAAUUCUACAGUUCAAGGCCUUUCCGAGGCCGAUAAAGAAAGACCACUUUUUUGGACGAAUCGCGAGAGGUCGUUGAACAGCUCGGGCUUCGACUUUGAUCAGGCAUCUCUGUUGUCCCUGGUUGUAGGAGAAACGUCCAAGUCGAAUGUCACCCGGGAGGAAAUUGAGAAAACGUCGAGUACCGGUCUACGCAAAGCUUAUCUUGAGGGUCUGAACCGAAAAAGGAGAUCUACCGGCUGGCUGCCUAAACUGAAGUCCAAAAAUGUCAUUAAAUCGUUCAAUGAGUUGUUAGCUUUCCCUGAACCGGAACUAGAAACAGAGAGUUACACUAGUUCCGUGGAAACCGUCGCUCAUGUCAACAACUCCGCCGUAGGUAUGAAGCUGCCGUCUGACAGCAUUGGUAUUUUAGAACGGAAAUGUUUACUGAAGGCUGUCUCGGGAACGUUCCGCCACGGCGAGUUGGUCGCGAUCAUGGGACCGUCUGGAGCGGGAAAAUCAACGCUGAUGAAUGUGCUGACAGGAUACAAGGUCAAAGGUGCUAGUGGCGAGGUGAUGAUAAAUGGCCAGAAGAGAAACCUAGCCGUCUUUCGUCGCAUUUCAGCAUAUAUCAUGCAGAGUGAUCACGUCUUGGAAAAUCUUACUGUGAAAGAGGCUAUGACAUCUGCUGCUAACUUGAAACUGUCCAACAAAAUCUCAUCAAAGCAGAAGAAAAGGAUCGUGGACGAGAUUCUCACCACCCUUGGACUGUCACAAUGCAAACAUACUCGCGGAGGUCGUUUGUCCGGUGGUCAGAGAAAACGCCUGAGCAUCGCUCAAGAACUCAUCAACAAUCCGCCAGUGAUGUUUUUCGAUGAACCGACCAGCGGUCUCGACGCCCAGACGUGCUUGCAGUGCAUCAGUAUUUUGAAGUCGCUUUCCACCGGAGGACGAACUGUAGUAUGUACGAUUCAUCAGCCGUCAGCUAGGGUAUUCGAAAUGUUCGACACGCUUUACAUGCUAGCCGACGGUAGGUGCAUUUACAGAGGAAAGACUGAUCAUCUUUUGCAGUAUUUGAAUUCGUUUGGUCUCAAAUGUCCCCCGUAUCAUAAUCCGGCUGAUUUCGUUAUCGAAGUUGCAUCUGGAGUGUAUGGUGACCAACUGGAGAAACUCACCAAGGCUGUCGAUGACGGUUCUUGCGAAAGGAGCGAUGAAGUGGGUAACGAUGGCACCAGAACCGAGUCACAGAACUUAACUGACCCACAGUUCGAGAAGUGCACGAGCAGCAACUGCGUCCCAGUGAAACCCUCUCCAUCCUGCAGGGAACAAAGACAGAUGGACAUGCCGCGAAUCAAGCGAUACAGCAGUAAUUGUGCAAAACAGUUUGUAGUUCUGUACAAAAGAACUUUUAUGUGCAUUUUACGGGAUACGAAUCUGACGCAGCUUCGAUUCAUCAUUCAUCUGACAGUGGGCGUGCUGAUUGGCCUGUUGUACUACGACAUUGGCAACAAGUCAUCCAAAGUAAUGAACAACGCGGCAUGCAUGUUUUUCUCGGUCAUGUUCCUGAUGUUCACGGCGAUGAUGCCUACAGUGAUGACAUUUCCUCUCGAAAUGGAUGUGUUGAUGCGGGAACAUCUCAACUACUGGUAUAGCUUAAAGUCGUACUUCUGCGCCAAAAGUAUGGCUGAUUUUCCUUUCCAGGUAAUCUUUCCAAUUAUCUACAGUACGAUCGUUUACUGGAUGACGGGGCAGGCACAGGAAACAUUCCGGUUCGUCAUGUUCCUUGCCAUGUGCAUUCUGGUUUCCUUUGCUGCCCAAUCGUGUGGUUUGCUCAUUGGAGCUGCAACUUCAGUCCAGGUAGAAACUCUAUAUUGCAGAGAAUGUUAUGUUUAUACUAAUUAAGC